AUGGAUUUAAACACAGUCGACGAGAGGUAUGUAUUUGUCACACCAGGCACAACCAUACGCGUCGGUUGGGAUGAGAACUGCGAUGUCGUUCUACCCGCACUGGGACCCUGUUUAUUUAACGGCCGUUGCAUUACUACUCGAAGGGGUUGUGAUGUCCUCGUCUCGUGCACGACCGAAGGUGACCUUCUGUUGGCGCUUACGGGUAAUGGCAUCCGCGUGAUAAUCAACGGCGUUCAGAUAAAGCCGUCGUUUGCUCCCAGGAAGCUACCGCCGGGGGCCGUUGUUUCAUUCAACAAACUCUCUCGGGAGUUUUCUUUUAUCUUCGUUGCACGCGACUUGCGUGCGGCUAAGGCGGAUGUGAAGCAUGUGCCUCCGCCAGAAAAUUCCGCUGCCGAUAUUGCGCGCUUGGAGGAGUUUUUGUUAACCCUUAAUCCGCAACCUCUUUUGUCCCACGCGCAGUUUGAUCCGGAAAGUGCCUCGUUGCGGUCGCAGCACUUCGUGACUCUGGUUGAUUCAGAGACCAUUACGCACCAAAAGGUGAGCACAGAUGAAACCUUACCGUCAACCCUAACCGUGACAGAGGUGGCGCCCACGGAAGAAGAGCUUGUCGCUGACGCGCGCACCAGUGCUCAAAGCCUAACAAGUCAAAGUGUGUCGCUGCAUAAUUAUGUGAGGCGCUUUUCCACUAGCGGUGGGUUCACAAGCCUCUACUACAAUGAGGAAGCAGAAUUUUUGCAACCCCAUCCAACUCCGUAUCGUCAACAAGGUUUGUUGAACAACGUUGGAGCAUCCCCGCACAUUAUUUCGUCUGUCGUUGUUGAACUUUGGGGUCGACGUGUGGCACUGCGCAACGUCGCUGAUUUUUGCGAUUCGAACGUGGACCAGCCUCAGAUAAAUCUAACAGGCGAUGCGGAAGAUCUCAAUGGUGCCGAAACAAAUCCAUACAUAACGUUUCAUGGUGUAAAGAAAAUGGGAGGAAGGCAACAACGAUGCAUGGAUAAGGAGAUCCGUUCUGCCGCAGAAAACGUUUUGGAGUAUCUCAACGAUGCUUAUGAGAGUGACGACGACAACUUUAUCGAACUUCCUCAGCAAACAAAAGAUAAGAUUUUUGAAUAUUUCCUGCUUCUGGCAACUCACAUGAUGAAAGCAGUAAAAGCGAUGCCCGUAGCGCUACGACUUACCUCUCCUGUUGUAUGCUGUGGUGACGUGCACGGUAGUUUUUCUGAUCUCAAACAAAUCUUUGAUAACGUUGUCCCCUUCAAACACUGGUCGCUUAUGACGAGGCCGGUGUUAUUCCUUGGAGAUUACGUGGAUCGGGGCCCACAUGAUGUUGAGGUAAUGCUUUUUUUGUUCGCAUGGUGCACUUUGUGUCCCGAAAACGUGUUUUUGCUUCGAGGUAAUCAUGAGGAUGACCGGGUGAAUGGUGAUACGGAGCUCUAUGGCGAAACGUCAUUCCUGGUUAAGUGUUUGACCUUUUUCGGUGAGGAGAAAGGUAGCAUAUUUUGGAGACGCGUUAACGAUGUUUUUGCAGUGCUUCCCCUAGUGGCCAUAAUUGAUGACACGACUUUUGUGUGCCAUGGUGGUAUUCCGCGACUUCGUGGGAGACAGCUCGUGCAAGCUGGCACCACGAUGGGCGACAAUGAAGAUGGAGGGAACGCAGCAGCUCCAUUUCCGGAAUGGAAACUUUGGCAAGAACACGGUGCAGAGAAUGGUAACUCGUCGUACAGUUGCGAUGGGCUUUCCUCUACCAAUGAUGCGAUUGCACAAGUUGAAGAUGAUAUCCCUGGGGAGGAUUUGAUGCAAGAGCUUUUGGAGAGUGUACCUGGUGGCCCGGGUGAUGUUCGUUUUUACAGUGUUAUGCCAGAUGAUAACGAUGACUGCCUGACUGCUAAGCGCCGGCGCAUUGCUCGUGAGUUACUUUGGAACGAUCCGUGUACGACCCCAUCGUUGCGUAAGAGACACUCGCUUCCACAAGGUGUGUCGGAUAUGAUGGGAUCUUUUACAGACGAGGAAAGUGGUAAUAUGGCUGCAGUAAUGCCGCUGCCGCAGCGAAAUGGUUUCAAUUCUCAAGGUUUCCGCUGCAACCACGCGCGCGGUUGUUCGGUAGAUACUUUCCAUGAGUUCAAUUCGUUUGCACUUGAUAACUUUCUGCAGCGGUGGGGGUUCACAUUGGUGAUACGUGCGCACGAGCAGAAGGAUGCUGGGUUGGAGGUGGGGCUCGCUCAGCGUGUCCUCACACUCUUCUCCUGUAGUAAUUACACUGGUGGCGACAAUAAUGGUGGGGCUUGUGUUAUUGUCGGUGGUGAAGUGCGUCCCGUGUCAUGGCGUCGCCCUUGUCCCGUGCUGGGCAGGAGUCCCUCAGCAGAUGAUCCCGAUAUUUGGAAAAUGAAGCGCUUGAGGGAGGAGGUUGGCCGCAACAAUUCGUGCAGCUCUUAUCUGCAUUUCCCCGGGCCUCAAAUCGUGCCGUCUUAUGUCGGUAAACCUGUGGUUAACCUUGAUUGA